AAUAGGCGGCAGGGCAAAUUCGGCCGGAGCGAGAAGCGACCUCGCGAGUCCAUGGACAUCUUGACUUUCGUCUUGCGAGCGAGAGUGCAGGCUUGAUAGUUUCUUCCGCACAAAACUAUACCGACCGCAUCCAAGCUUGGGAGACACAAGAAUGCUUAAACAUAACAUGCCUCAAGGCCAUUUCGGUGCAGGUUCCGCGCGAAGACGACUCCGUUCUGCCUUUGCUCAUGUAGUAUCCGCCAGUAACAACGACGAGGAUGGAAUGAACUGCCGCUUCGGCCGUUCACUGAGUCGUAAUGGCAACAGCUUCCUCGCCGAGCUGUCGUGGCGGUGGCUGCGGCUGCCAGCUGAAAUGGCGGUAUUGAACAACGACAACCGUGACGUGGCGAUAGGCAGACCCUUCCCGUCCGCGGUGCGCGACACGCGAGCGGCAUGGAGUCGCGGCUGCGCGGCGCGGCCGCGGGGCCGUCACCGCCACCCCCAGCCUUCAAGGGGCGUCAGGGCGUCACCGACACCGACAACGCCGCUGGGAGCAGCGGACAGCAGCAUGGGCUCGCGCCGGAGCACCUGGAGGAUGGUUUGGUGGUGUCGGGCACCGCCGGCGCUGCGGCAACUGCUGCCAGACCUCGGGCUGCAACAGCUGCUGGUGUCUGCCCUGGACGUGACGCUCUGCUACACCGGCGGCGGUGCAUUGGGACGCAAGGUGGCGGAUUCCAGGUGGCUCCUGACCCACAUCAGCUGGUGGGCGCUGGCUUCCUUGCCUUCGCGUUUGCGGGCGUCGCGGGAGCUGCCAUUCUGGCUGCCGGUGGCGCUGUAGCUGCACCGACUGCAGCUGGCGGCCCGAUCGAAGCUGACGCUGGUUUUGUGCUCCCGCCGCAACCGCCGGAGCCCCCAGUACAGCGUGGACGUGGACGUGGCAGGGGCAGGGGCAGGCCGCGUGGGCGCGGCCGCGGGCGCGCGCGUGGGUACGGCAGGGCCAGCGCUCCCCAGCCGGCGGAUGCAGACGCGGAGGCCGUGGAGCAGCCGCACAAGCGCCGCCGCAGCUUUGGCACGGAUGAGCAACAGCGGCAAGCCGCACGGCGGCGCCAGCGGCGGCAGGGCAUGGAACCUGAUCAGCGGCAGCAGCACCUCUCUGCGCACGCCGCGGCGGAGGCGGCGCGCGUGGCGGCAAUGACCGCUGAGCAGCGGCAGCAGCACCUAGCUGCACACGCCGCUGCGGAGGCAGCGCGCGUAGCGGCGAUGAUUACUGAGCAGCGGCAGCAGCACCUCGCUGCACACGCCGCCGCGGAGGCGGCACGGCGGGCGGGCAUGGACGAGGAGCAGCGGCAGCAGCACCUAGCUGCACACGCCGCUGCGGAGGCGGCGCGCGUGGCGGCAAUGACCGCUGAGCAGCGGCAGCAGCACCUCGCUGCACACGCCGCUGCGGAGGCGGCGCGCGUAGCGGCGAUGACUGCUGAGCAGCGGCAGCAGCACCUCGCUGCACACGCCGCGGCGGAGGCGGCGCGCGUGGCGGCAAUGACCGCUGAGCAGCGGCACCAGCACCUAGCUGCACACGCCGCUGCGGAGGCGGCGCGCGUGGCGGCAAUGACCGCUGAGCAGCGGCAGCAGCACCUCGCUGCACACGCCGCGGCGGAGGCGGCGCGCGUGGCGGCAAUGACCGCUGAGCAGCGGCAGCAGCACCUCGCUGCACACGCCGCUGCGGAGGCGGCGCGCGUGGCGGCGAUGGCUGCUGAGCAGCGGCAGCAGCACCUCGCUGCACACGCCGCUGCGGAGGCGGCGCGCGUGGCGGUGAUGGCUGCUGAGCAGCGGCAGCAGCACCUCGCUGCACACGCCGCCGCGGAGGCGGCACGGCGGGCGGGCAUGGACGAGGAGCAGCGUGCAGCGGAAACGGGCGCGCGGCAGCAACGACGGGCAAGACAACGCUUCACAGCCAGCACUGAGCGUGGCCCAGCAAUCCGGCGUAAGUUCGAGGAGGUGUGCAACCACGUCUGCGAAUGCUGUCGGCGCUGCUUCUACAGGGCCGGUGUCACGGUCACGGAGCACGAGGUUGCAUGCUCCACUCUCGCCCGGAUCCUGCGCGGCGGCGCCGCGGCCGGCACCGACCGCGACCGUGACGAGCUUGACGAGCUGGAGCGUGGCGUCGGCGCCUAUGCGGCAGACGGCGAUGCAGGCGGCGCCGCGGACGUGGCCGCAGCCGCGACCGAGGAUGGCGGCGGCGUGGGGCUGGAGGCGGGACUGGAGGCGGAGGAGGCUCAGCAGGCAGCGGAGCCAGUGCAGCAGCGGCCACGCCGGGCUGCAGCUGCUGCUGCCACCGAUGCUAUCCUUGGUGGCGCCCGUGGCCGUCGCGCCGCCCGCGGUCGUAGCCGGCGCCGUGGUCUACUCGGCCAGGCGGUAGCGGCGGACGGCGUGCCGGCGGCAGCAGAUGACGGCGGGCAGCCCACCAGCCGCAUGCUGUGCUGCACCUGCCUCGAGAAAAUAAUAAUAAUAAUACCUACGCACGGACCAAGGUCCCGCGUGCCUUAAGGAAGAGUCCCAUCGAGGCUA